CGUCAAUCCCAUGGGUCCGUCGCUGGAGCCUACAGACAGCUACAACGCCAAUGCGACCAUCACCUGGACGUCGCCCUGCAAGUCCAACGGGAGGAUCGAGGCGUUCGUCCUUGACUUCACUGGCGAGCGGGCCGCACACGAGAGAGUCGAGUUCCAGCGCAUCGUGGAGCCUAACAGGACGGACCGCAAGGGACGCAUGUCCGGGACGGAGACGGAAAUGAAGCCGGAGUACGACUACACAGUGAAUGUGGCCGUGAAGAACGUGGAUGUGGACACCCUCAGCGACAGCGUAGUGUCCCAGUGGCAGUCUCCAGCUGGUCUUCCGGCUCGCCUGAGCAAUGAAGUUGUGGGCCAAAUGCGGGUCAGCCCGAACGAGACAAGUCACCCAACGCGAUCGGCCAUCGUGCGCCUGCCUGCGGAUAUCCAGAGCUCCGAGUCGGGCAACAUCACCUACAUCGCCUUGCUGCUCUCGCAGAAGAGCUGUGCCGAAACGCCGGAGCUGGGCUCCGCCCUGGUGAACGCCGCCUCGGCGUGGCCAGACGUUCAGUCCUAUGAGACGGCAGGCGGAGACGGCAUGACGGGCUGCGUCUAUCAGUACCAGACGACGGAAGAACGCUGGAACCCGGACACAGUCGCCAGGGAAAGGGGCUCUGGCAACGAAAUCGUCUUCACCAUCGGCGAGGACAAGUGCCCGAAUGGCAAGCGCUACUGCAAUGGGCCGCUCAUGGCGGACACCCUCGCUGUGCUGUGGGUGCGCAAGCGUCUAGCGUGGCAUCGCGACUCUGGCCAGGGCAUUGAGGACCCAUUUGGCAAUGUGAUAGCCAAGAACUUUGCCAUUUUCUACGCAGAGGUGGCCAAGCCGGAGAAGCUGGCCCGCGAGUUCAAGGAGAUAACCGUCGUGGCCCUGGAGCUGAGCUACUCGGCCUCCGAGCUGGGCUGCCACAAGAAUCGCUAUGCGGACAUAUAUCCUUACGACAAGAACCGCGUUAUCCUGGACACAGAUGCGGAGGGAUCGGACUAUAUCAAUGCCUCAUUCAUAGACGGACACACCCGCAAGAAGGAGUACAUUGCCACCCAGGGACCAAAGCCGGAGAGCCUCAUGGACUUCUGGCGCAUGAUUCUCCAACACAAUGUGCGAGUCAUUGUCCAGGUGACCCAACUGCGCGAGGGCAAUACGAUAAAGUGCCACGAGUACUUCCCGUACAACAUGCGCGGACUGACGGUGACCGUCAAGUCCAAGGAGAACUUUGAGCUCUACGAUCGGACCGAGCUAUCGGUGGUGCACGACAAGUACGGUCUGAAGGAGAAGGUCGUGCACUUCUACUUUAAGAAGUGGCCCGAUCACGGCUGCCCCGAGGAUCCCAUGCACCUCAUCGCCUUCGUAAAGAAGGUCAAGUCAGAGCGGCGGCCCAGCUACUCACCCAUCGUCGUCCAUUGCAGCGCGGGCGUGGGCAGGACCGGGACCUUCAUUGGACUCGACUUGAUUAUGCAGCGCUUGAAGAGCGAGUCGAAAAUCAAUAUAUUUGAAACGGUCAAGAAGCUGCGCUUCCAGCGCAUGAAAAUGGUGCAGACGCAGCAGCAGUACACAUUCCUCUAUGCCUGCACCUACGAGCUGGUGAAGCACAAGAUUCCGCGGGCCGCACUCAAGCUAGAGGGGCGCCCGAAGCCUGCCACGGCGGCCAAAAAGGUGAGCUUCCCCGAGGUGGCUGCUGGCUAUGUAGUUGCCUCGGCUCCGGGCGCAGAUCCAGAGAGCGGUGUACCCACCUUGCAGCUACCCGCUCGAUUCUCUGGCCUGCAGAGGAACAGCGAUGACAGCGCCACGAACAGCAGCAGCAUUAUGUGACCUCAAAGUGAUCGUCGUUUGUGUAUUUAUUGUAAUUGUAUUAAACAAGUAUAACUUAGCAGCAA